ACGGAGGCACGUGGGGUUAAUUUCUACUGAAGCUAAAUGAAUGUGUUGAAUCGGUUGUGAUUGGGUUGGGUUCGUGGGGUUUAGAAAUUCUUGCAUACAGGGGCAAAAGAUUAGGUAUACCGUUGAGUCUUUCCCUUAGUCCCAUUCGUCACUAUGAUCAAAGAAACUCAACAGCAGCAUUGGAAUAUUCCUCCCAGUGCCCCAGCUUGCAUGGAUUAUCACCUGGAGGCAGUCGAUUACCGAUCAGAUGGGGCAAUGUUGUUGGCUGCAUCAAGCUUGACUGGCCGUUUGUGGAUGGGCUCUCUUUGGGUAUACAAGAACCCAUCUAGUGCCCCAAAUGAGGGCUUCUGCACUGCUGGUGUCCAGACUGAAGCUGGUGUGGUUGAUGCCAAGUGGGUAACUGAUACAGGAAUCCUGGUAGCAUCUGACUCAGGAGCUGUUGAGUUUUGGGAACUGUCUGAAAAUGAGACGCUGAUCGUAAACAAAUUCUGCAGAUAUGAGCAUGAGGAUAUUGUCUCCAAAGUGUGUGUGCUUGCCGGAGGGCUCCAGGUAGUUAGCGGCAGUAUGGACUGCAGUGUAAAAGUUUGGGAUCUCCAAACCCAAAUGGUGCUGAACUCCUACAGAGCUCAUACCAGAGAUGUGGUGUGCGUUGCAUCCAGCCCUACAGAGGAAGCCCUCUUCUUGUCAUGUAGUCGGGAUGGCAAAGUAUUGCUCUGGGACAGAAGGAAUCCUAAACCAGCCUCUUGGUUAGAUGUUGGAGUUCCAGAUUGUAGCCCCACUUCACUUGCUUGGCACUCGCAGCAAACUGAUACUGUGGCAGUUGGUGAUGAAGAUGGAAAUGUUUCUGUCCGAAAACUACAGAACCCAGAAUCUAUUCGGACUUCAGCUGUACACACACACUAUGUCACUGGACUGGCAUUUUCUUCACAUGGCUCUUACUUUAUAGCUUCUGUCAGUGAAGAUUGCUCAGUAGCUGUUUUAGACCAAAGCUUUUCAGAAGUUUUCAGAGAUAGAACUCACCAAGAUUUUGUCAAAGGCUUGUCGUGGUCACCGACUGAUCCUGGGAUUCUCACCACUGUUGGAUGGGACCAUCGGGUUUUACAUCAUUCUGUCAUCAUAUGGAAAACAGCACAACAUAAACUUCAAUUUAUAUUUAGUUUUAAUAAAUUCAGAAUAUAUAUACAUUUACUUUUCAAGCAAUUUCCUUGUCUUUGUCUUUAGGGAUGUGUUUAAAUGUAUAGCCAUUUUCAAAAUUUGAGUUUAUAGAAGAAAUAUCUUUUUGUAUUUUGUUUGAAUGCACAACCUUUUUAUUUCUACAUUGCUGCCAUAUUUUAUUAAGUUCAUAAAACAACUGCCCUUUUUGCCUACCUGCUGUAUUCUUCAUUUUCUUUUUUCAAAUUCUUUAGUUCUAUGCAAGGUAACGUGUGUUGUUUUUAUGCAAGUCCUAGAGCUGGCCAAGCAGUAAAACUGUCCAUUUACAGAAGAGUAA